AUGGCGAAGAAAGGGCUGAUUCCGCUCCUUUGCUCGCUGCUGUUUGCAGCAUUCCUGUUGAAUUCCCAUGCAGCCAAUGCCAGCGAGAGAAAAAUUCACGUUGUGUACAUGGGAGACAGGCUAAAGGGAGCCCUUUCUGCUAAAAGAGUGCAUUAUUCCAUGCUGACCAGCGUCCUUGGAAGCUCUUCAUCAGCCAAAGAAUCAUUAGUCUAUAGUUAUGGGAACUUCAAUGCAUUUGCAGCAAAACUAACUGAAGAAGAAGUUAAAACGUUCUCAGAGAUGGAUGGAGUAGUUAGAGUGAUUCCAAAUCAUAUCCUACAACUUCACACUACAAGGUCAUGGGACUUCCUUGGUUUCAGCCAAAGCAGUCUAGGAGCCAGGAUUGAAGGAGAUGUUGUCAUUGGGCUUCUUGACACAGGAAUAUGGCCGGAACAUGAAAGCUUCACAAACCAAGAACUUGGCGCUCCACCCUCUAAAUGGAAAGGAAUUUGCCAAGGUGCAAAUUUCACCUGCAACAAUAAGAUCGUUGGAGCCCGAUACUACAAUAGUGAGGAAUGGUACUCUGACACUGACUUCAAGUCUCCUAGAGAUUCUGAGGGACAUGGAACCCAUACUUCCUCGACUGCAGCUGGCAACAGAGUGGCCGAUGCAAGCUACUACGGGUUAGCUAAUGGAAUUGCAAGAGGUGGAGUUCCUGGUGCAAGGAUUGCCAUGUACAAGGUUUGCUGGUCCUUUGGUUGUGCAACUGCGGAUAUCCUUGCAGCAUUUGACGACGCCAUAGCUGAUGGUGUUGAUAUCAUAUCCGUGUCCCUUGGUUUUAUCUUUGCACUGGCUUACGAUGAAGACCCUAUUGCUAUUGGUGCUUUCCAUGCCAUGAAAAAUGGCAUAUUGACCUCAAAUUCCGCUGGCAAUUCCGGGCCAUGGCCAUAUUCAGUUGUCAACGUCGCGCCUUGGACAUUGACUGUUGCUGCAAGCACCAUUGAAAGAAAAUUUGUCACCAGAGUGGAGCUUGGCAAUGGAAUGAGUUACGCUGGACCUUCCAUUAACAGCUUUGAUCUCCAUGGAAAGUCAUAUCCAUUGAUUUGGGGAGGAGAUGCCGCCAACUACUCUGCUGGCUCCAACCCAGAUCUUUCAAAGUAUUGUAUCAAUGGUUACUUGAAUUCAUAUAGAGUGUACGGCAAUAUUGUUUUUUGUGAACUUCUCUGGGACGGUACUGGCAUUCUCGAAGCAAGCGGAGUGGGCACCAUUAUGGCUUCUGAUAGAUUAAAAGAUUUUGCUUUCAGUUUCCCAUUGCCAGCAACUGUGAUAAGCACAAAAGAUGGUGAACAAAUUCUGGAUUACAUCAGAUCAGCAGAGUAUCCAGUAGCAACUAUUCUGUUUGGAGAGACAUGGUCAGAUGUAAUGGCUCCUUAUGUUGUAUCAUUCUCUUCCAGAGGACCCAACCCCAUGAAUCCAGACAUUCUCAAGCCUGAUCUCACUGCCCCUGGAGUGGACAUUAUCGCUGCUUGGUCCCCUGUUGCACCACCUUCCGUUGCCUACGAAGAUCCCAGGAGUGUCAACUAUAACAUAAUCUCUGGUACAUCCAUGUCUUGCCCUCAUGCUAGUGGUGCUGCUGCCUAUGUUAAGGCUGCCCACCCUGAUUGGUCCCCUGCUGCCGUCAAAUCUGCCCUUAUGACCACAGCAACUGUCAUGGAUUCGACCAAGCAUGAAGACCUUGAAUUCGCUUAUGGGUCAGGCCAGAUCAACCCAGCACAUGCAAUUGAACCUGGACUCGUCUAUGAUGCAAAUGAGACAGAUUACAUUAACUUCCUCUGCAAGCAAGGUUACAACACCACAACUAUAAGACUCAUUACCGGUGACAACAGCAGUGUAUGUACCAGCACUGUGAUUGGAAGAGCUUGGGAUCUUAACUACCCUUCAUUCUCUCUAGCUGUGGAAGAUGGCGAGCCAAUUAGCGGUGUCUUCACCCGGACAGUUACUAAUGUCGGCUCAGCAAACUCAACCUACACCGUCCGGAUGUACUCUCCUUCCAAUUUCUCCAUUAGUGUGGAGCCACAAGUUCUGUCAUUCUCAACAGUGGGAGAGAAGAAAUCGUACACCGUGACCGUCACCGGUGGAACGAUUUCACAGCAGAAGAUCAUGUCGGGUGCGAUCAUAUGGACAGAUGGGGAUCACCAAUAUGAAGUGAGGAGCCCAGUUGUGGUGUACAAUGUUCUACCUGGUUAUACUUACUUCCCUCCACAGAACUCAAAGUUUCAGGAGAAACCAACAUUCCAAGGUCCAUCCAUGUAUGAAAAGUAUGGAGUCCUUCGACGUAACUGAUAACCAUUUCUCAUUACCGGCAACUGGCAUCCAAGGUUGCCUUUGCGCAUUUGACUUUGGCAUUGAGUAUUGACCGUUUAUAAACGAUUGAAAUAAGACAGCGAGAAAGAACUAGUAUUGCUGUCGGGAUUUGCUCCUUUU